AUGUCGCGCACAGCAAUACAAAUAAGAUGCAUUGAAAUCGGCGGUCAUUGGGUACUACAAGUGUCACUAUCCUACCGCCCUCGCUUGCAUAAUUCGCCAAUAUAUCCACUUGCUAUGCUUGAGAAAUUCCGUCUUGUCUACAUGAUAGAAGUGGGCGAGUUUCUUCAGGCCGUUACCGUACCCUUGCUUAAGUGGAGAGAAGCAACGAAUGCAGUAGAUGCGAGGUUUACGAUUGCAUACAAGAGUGAUUAA